CAAGGAACGCGUGCAGGGAGCACCGUUACAUCGCCAGAACGUCUCGACUUCCUUUCCAUAUGCGUCGCCAAAGCGGUCGCGCCGAUACAGCGCUUGAGCGUGUCUAGCGUGUGAAAGCGGCCUAGCGCCGAGAGCACCCGUUGAGAUGCUACUGAAUGACCGGGCUAGCUGCUCGGGAGUGCGCCGCUGACUGCGAUCCCCACAGAGAACCGCUGUUUGCCGAGCCAGUUCAUCGGUUACACGCUGUUGACACCGUAUUUUCUUUUUCUCGUGUGGCGUGAGGAAAGAAGAAGAAUAUGGUGAAGAGUUGCCAGUGAGGUGUGCGCUACGCAACAAGUGUCAGUUUUCAGUACGACGAGAUCGUUCUAGCUCACGUGCCGUGGCAAGGACUGCAGGCGCUUCGAAAGCACUACACGUGGAACAUCGGUGGAGAAGCGCACCGCGAUAUUCGAGUGACCGGUGAUAGAAGAGAGAGAGACACUCGGGGAAGCCCCGCGCACAAGGUAUAGUGCCUAAGAACAAUCUCGUGCGUGAAGACAGCUACUCGCGCGUGUUUUGAGGAAGUCACUUUAGCCAAGCCAAGAUCACUUCAACGAGUAAGUUCAGAACGGUGAGCUCCGCUAUUAGCCUUGUCGCCUAGCGUAGAGCAGGCGGUCACGUUCCCCAAGUGUCGCCAUGGUCGCGACGCCUUGAGAAAGGUCGUAAAACGCCGCAGGAAUCUCGAGUGCCAGUGGACGAAGUGCACCGAAGAGGUUGUGGUGCAAGAGAGACCGCGAAAUAUAAGUGGCUCGGCAAAGCAGCAGCGGGAGCUGUAGGGUUUCAAAUUGCCCUUGAGACGCAGUUGAAGAGAGACACUGUUGUCGGGGCAACUCGUUAAAGAAAAAGAAGCCGCUUUGAGAAUUCCAACCGCCGAAAAGGUGCUCGACCCGAGGAGUGAAGGAAGACACUAGAUGGUGGGGCAACGGCUUCGGGUUCCGCGAACCGCAUCGCCGAGCGAACGACAGCACUACUGUGACGGUCGACGGGACGACGUGUGAAGGGUCUAGGAGGAGGGUUGGCCGUCUUCACUGCGAAAAACGGUGAUAUGUGCAAGGUCCCCGAGGGGCACCGGAAACACAACGUUCGUGGCGCAUGUCUUUAGGCCAACGAUACAAGAGCAAUAAUUGUUUGGGUGUUCUUGUUGCUCAUUUGGCCCAUAACAAAGCAUAACCCCUUUACAACAGCGUGUUGUGCAACCCAAACACAAGUUCGAACAACGGAUACGCAGCGGAAACCUGAUUCGGAAGGUGUGCUUACGUCUUCUUAAUACACAGUACCACACCACCUGUGUCCCGCUCUACAAAGCGAGACAGCAGGAUUCACGAGUGCGGUCAGUCGCGUUUGGUGAAGACGCAAGAGUGUAGGGAACGAAGAUACUUCAAGGGCCAAGCGUUUCGCCGCAAGAAACGUGCUUCCGAGGCUGACUGAAGCCGUCGAUUACCCAGCUGGACUGCCCCGCUUUGCGAAAGAGCCUUGCACGACUCGCAUCUCGACUAAUGCUAUAGGUGACGACAUAUAACGUCGCAUCGUCACAGCCCAGGCUGCGGAGGAAGAAAGGCCGGAGAAGCGCGAGUGCCGCGCACUCGUCCAUCACGCGCUCGAAGACCUCGACGAAAGGUUAGCCAAGCCACGCGGCAAACCACGAAGUUACUCGCCGCCACCGCCGCUUAAGGUCGGGGACUCUCCCGUAUACGUUCUGGCGAGCGACCAAGGAAGGAGUCCGGGAGCUUAAAAGAAAAUAAUAAUCAUCAACAUUGAUCGAAGACAGUGGUGCCCAUUAUUUCGCCCGAAGCCACCUGCACGCGCCGAGGUCUUCGGGAGCAAAGCUCGCGGCGACGCUGUCGACGCUGAAGGGCCGUGGCUGGCGACAACUGCGUUCGCCUGUCGCCUUUCACUUUGCUGCCACGCGACAUAACCGCGGCCCCAUCGCACGUCGCGGCCUGGCGCCAGCUGCGAGACAUGAAUGCUUGCGCGGACGCGGCUGCGGCAGCCGCCGGGACGCCGCUCGUCUUCGAAGACUACCGGGCAAGCGAGCCGUUUUUAGGCAGCGCGGCAACUCCGAAGGCCCAGUCCGUGUGCUGCGAUCUGCCACCGAAGCUGCCCGGCAACAGCGAGAAAGAGCAGCAUGCCAACCAAGAGCAAGCUGCUGCUUCAAACCAGCCGGGAGCCACACGUCAGUCCCCGGCCGGAGCCAAAGCCAAUGACGCGAGCUUCCUUCCCGUCCUCCUGGCGGCUAGCAUCGCCUCCCUGGGAGGCAUCCUCUUCGGCUACGAUUCCGGGAUAAUAGCCGGUGCACUGCUGCAAGUCAGGGAGGUCUUCGACCUUUCCUGCGACGUCCAGCAGCUGGUGGUCGGAAGCGUGUUCUUCAGCGCGUUCGUGACGUCAUUUUUCGGAGGUGUCCUGGUCGACAAACUGGGCCGCAAGAGGGCGCUCCUGUUGGCCACCGCCCUCUUCUUGGGCGGGUCGGCGCUGCAGAGCCUGAGCACGAGUCUCGCCAUGUUCGUGACGGCCCGGUUCGUCACGGGCUUCGCCUACUCGCUGUCAACCACGGCACAGUGCACGUACAUCGCGGAGAUAUCGCCAGCCGUCCAUCGCGGCCUGCUCAUGUCCCUGAGCGAAGUGGGCAUCACCGCCGGUUUCUUGUUCGCUUACAUGAUCAACUACGCCUUCAUCUCCUACGAGAAUGGCUGGCAGCUGAUGUUUGCGGUCGCCGCGUUGCCGGCCCUGCUGGAACUGCUGGGGACGCUGUUCCUGCCGCAGAGCCCGCACUUCCUGGUGCUCAAGGGACACCACGAUGAGGCCCGAAAGGUGCUCGCCGUUAUACACGGACAGAACGCGGCUCCACAGGAGUUGGGCCGCAUGCAGAAGGCGUUGCUGGAAGAACAGAAUUACCGUUACCGCGACCUCUUCGCACCUGAACUGAGAGGAAGGAUGUUCGUCGGCGUUGGCCUCGUCGUCCUGCAGCAGUGCUCUGGCCAAACAAACGUCACCUACUACGCCCCAACUCUACUCCAGCACCUGGGAUUCUGCUCCAACGUCGCUGCCACCCUGGCUUCCGUGGGACUAGGCGUGGUCAAGGUCGCCUCAGCCAUCUUCGCUCUGCUGGUCCUGGACCGCCUGGGCCGUCGGGUCUGCCUCUUCUCCGGCACUCUUCUCAUGGCGGUCAGCAUCUUCGCUCUGGGGAUUCUCGCCAAGUACUCCUACGAGGACGCGGGCCACACCAUACCGCUGCGCUGUCGCGACGGACCUGGCCUCAUCAACGCUUCCGUGACUCAUUACUCCUACGUGACUCCGGCUGAGUACGACUCCGCGGCCACGACUCAGGCCCCGCCGAUGGCGUUCCGGAAUUCCGACAUGCCCUCGCUGAACCGGCGGUACAGAAGGGACAGAAGUGCACAACGUGGUGAUUUUCCCUUGAUAUCGGCCGAUCUAGAAUCCUCGUCGAGCGCGCAAGUGGCAGUGUCAGGGCCUUCGAGUCUUCCGAUGCCUGACCAGUCCUCCAGCGGCGAUGGACUCAUGGACGUCAGUUACAGUCCGGAACGUGUGCCAGGCAGUACUCGCGGAGUAGCAGAACCGUCGCCGUCGCGGAGUUUCGAUCGCGCCGGAAGCACCGCGAAGGCGAGUUCCGACGGUUCAGAACCACCGCGAAGAGACGAAGGAAUUGAGCGCCAAGCCGUCGGUGACGACAGUGCCAAAGAAGGGUUGUCCAUUGAAUUGCUCGCGAACUCGACGGGAUCGAAGACGGCACCGACGGUCGCUUCGUACUCGCUGGGAAACUUCUACCCGUCGGACGACGGUCGAGGAGGAAAGCUUUCCUACAUGCGAGAAGGACCCUCACCUUCCGCAGCGGCGGUGCAGCUGCAUGAUGUCAUGGAAACGGAAGCGUCUACGCCGUCGCACGGAGCCCCUAGCGUCGAGGAACCUCGCCCGGAAGCGAAAGAGAAGCGUGGCGACAGCCGCUCCUCUGUCGCCGCGGCGGCGGAAGAGUACCAGUGUGCGGGCGUACCUCAGGGCUCGGCUGUCCAGAGGGCGCUCACGCUGGUGGCCCUCAUGACCUACGUGUUUGCCUACGGAGUCGGCUUCGGGACAACGACCUGGCUGAUCCUCAGCGAGAUCUUCCCAGCUGCUGUGAGGGGCCGAGCCAUAGCAGUGGCCACCUCUGCAAACUGGGCGGCCAACGUGUGUGUGUCGGCCUCUUUCCUCACCGUGCUGGACGCCCUGGGCAUCGGCGACACGCUGCUAAUGUACGCCGGCGUGUGCGUGCUGUCGCUGUUGUUCAUAUUCCUGUGCGUUCCGGAGACCAAGCACAAGACGCUCGAGGAGAUCACCUCCGAACUUGAUCAAGGGUUGAUCCAGUGGCGGACGAUCCUACCGAGACGGUGGGGAAGUUCCUCGGACUACACGUUGCGUGGGCCGGCCUGAAGCGAGCUAAAAGAAAGAAUACGUUACAGGAACUUACUUCUACAACGAAGGAACCAUCCCGGUUACUUGGCAUCGACGGGUACCGAGUGUGUGCCGUGCGAAUGGCGGCCGUGCACCUGAACAAAGACUUGCGCGCAGUCCAGCGACUACGGCUCCGUAGUCUGUCUGGGCUUCGCAAGACGUCACGGUGCAAAGUGUGGAAACGCCUGAUAAAGGACAGUGCGCUCGUUCGUGCCGAGUGACGAUCACGUGACCACGGAGCUACGCUGGAGGGCUGUGUGCGAUCAGCGUUCUGGAGAUCUUGACAUCCGGUUUCCGCGCCGUCGCGAAGGUUGUCGUUAUACAGGACUCUCGCCUGUAGACCGUCGGUUGUCCCUCCUUCAGUGAUCGCUAGUCGGCGAAUGCGGACCGCAGCAUGGUACACUGGCAGCCUAACGUGUAGCCCUCGAAGGGCGUUGGAGUUGCCCGUACUGACGUCACACAUGCCUAUUAUCAAACUGUUGAAACUGUCUCUUACAAUGUUGUGCUUGAACCAAGUGGCAGUUUAUGCAAAUGAUCGUGCAGUGCGAACUUUAUGUGAGAACGAUGCGCGCCAAAAUAUGUCAGCUGUUGUAGUCGGCUUUAAGCGGGGUCGCCAAGAUCGGCCAAGUGAUCCAGCCGUGUUGUGUGUGUUUUUUGUUUUUUCCACUGGACUAUUCGGUCUUCCAAGCUUAACAGAAGCAUGCUUGCACAACACAAGUACUCACCCGGUCGGGUGCCUGUCCCCGUGAUUUUCGUCUGGUGUCCAGUCUUCUGUUUCACUUUAACAGAAACCGUGUACCAGCAGACGGCAAGGAAAAAGACAGCGAACAAAGCAACACUCUUGCCAGUCGAGGCAGGACGCGCAGUUGCGAAAGACGAGCGGAAAACGCUGCUCUUGUCACGUAGUACCCAGAAAGAGUAAAACCGUCGAACGCACGGUCCCUUUGAACUCUUUUGUUCGUUACUAGAAUUCGCCUUGGCGCCAGCUGAGGGCUCGGAGCGCCACGAAGAACGUCGGCUCGAUAGUGCACUGAUAGCGCCGUACCGCUGAGUUGUAUCAACUUCCGGAAGCUAGUGCGUGUUCAUAAGACAAACUGGUUCUCGCUCAGCUGAUAAAUGUUUCCUGAUCUAUCGAUAAAGAAACAACAAAAGGAAAAGGGCUUGCCUAACUGAAACGCUAAUCAGAAGGCUCGAAAGCAGAACAAUUCGAAAGUAUGGCCUGCGGCAUAAAACAUUUCAUGUAUGCAAGUUAAAUAUAGAUGUGUGGUUGGUUAUGUCCGAUGAAAUCUAGCAAGAAUCACUCAUUCAGGGCUAGUAACUACAUACAACGCCUGUACAUGAAGUGCAAUCAAGUGUACCUGUGAAUAGUCCAUGACACUCCUAUGUAUGUAUUAUAUGCACCUCUAUGUAUGCUGGCAGCCUUAGGAUUCUUUUCGCAGACUUAAACACUGGAUACAGUAUUGUAAGUGGCGAAUGCCUUUAAAGACACUGGCGAAGGUAUAUGGUACGCGGUUUAUGCCGCUGGUGAGCAUGCGUCGACUUGUACAAUGGGGUUAGUUUAUUUGUGAGCGUAAUAAACACCUAUCAUCAAGCAUCUGCCUCCGGUAUGCAGAGCUGUACAGCGCUGUUUUUAUGCGAGGGUGUGCUGUAGAAUGUUACAUUUGUCGAUCGACGUUGAAUUCUGCAUCGCCAUAUUGUAAAGGGCGAUUUGGAAAAAAAUGGAGCGAGAACUCCCGAAUAAAAACUUCUGAAAAGUG